GCUCUUCGCGAACAUCUUCUACGAACAGAACAAACGACCGAUUGCAAGAGCGCUUGGCAAGAGCUAUGGCAGCAAAGAAUAUUGCGCAGAAGGGAGAAAAGGCAGAUUCUCUAGCCUUAUCUUCGGGGGUACCUUCACGAACGGGGAGUCCAGUUACAGCCAACGAGAGUCCGAGACGAAGUCUGGAUCUCGCAUCGACGGAAGGCGGGGAGAAAGAGCCCACCGAGGGCCAACCGGAACAAACACACAGUGCCACAGCUGCCGAGCAAGAAGAUAUUGUUGCAGCAGAGCCAAGAAGAUUGGAAACAAUGAUGAUGGCCCCACCAGCCGUCAAUGGGAAUGUGGCCAAAACGGAAGCUGAACUUGGACUACGGCAUACGCCACGGCCCUCAACAGACUCCACGAGGUCCAGCUUACCUCGAGCUUCAACGGAUUCAACGAGACAUGUAGAAUAUGUCCCCCGCUCUUCCAUAGAUGUGCCACCGAUCGAAAUACCUGAGUCGACAUCUUUCAAAACACCUUCAGAGUACGAUGCCCUUUUAAAACAAAUGCAAUCCGAUUACGAGACCGCCGAAUUACAAAGACAGGAAGAGGUCCAUGGGUACAUUGAACGAAUAGAUGCUUUACAAUCAAAACUACAAUACUUGGCAAAGGAGAGCGCGGAGACGGCUCGAAAAGCUGGCGCUUCAGCACCAGCUGGAAGUUUAGAGAAGAAAUUAGCGGAUAAGGAAGAACAAGUUGCUUUACUUAUGGAGGAAGGGCAAAAGCUGUCCAAGAUCGAGCUUACUCACCUGAGUACCCUCAAAAAACUGAGGGCCAAGAUGGCAGAGGACAGCAAAGAACUUGCGGAAUCGAAGAAGAAACAAGAGAAAGCUGAAAAAGACGUCCUUGUUGCAACAGAGAAGUGGAAGAAAGCUGAAGCGUCAGGAAAGCGGUCAAAUGAGAUACUCAAGCUGAUCCCACAACUGCAAAAGGAUAUCGAAAAUCUGAAAUCCGAGAGAGAUGCCAAGGACUCGACCAUUGCGGAUUUGAAGAAACAGCUCGAGGAGGCUAUUGCUGGCAACAAGGAGGCAGAGACCAAGAUUGCUCACAAAGCACUGGAGCUUGAGAAGAAGCAUGUUGCAGAGCUCGAAGAUGAUCUUGCGAAUCUCAAGAUUGAGAAGAGUCUCGUGGGUGACAGGGCUCAAGCACAAAUCAAGGAACUUCGCGAGAAGAUGGAUAAGGAUGCUGAGCGAGCCAGGAUUGCGGAAUUGGAAAUGAAAACAGAGCAACAGAUGUUGGAGAGUAAGCUGGAAGUGAUGCGAGCGAGAGCGGAAGAGGCUUCAUCAGGAGCAACUGGCGAUGCACAAGCGAAGUUACUGAGGCAGAUCGAGACACUCCAGACACAAUAUGCCGUGGCAAGUGAGAACUGGCAAGGUAUUGAAGCUUCAUUGAUUGCAAGAGCAACAAAUCUCGAGAAGGAGAGGGAUGAGGCUACUCGGAGAGAGGCGGACAUUCGGCGGAAAGCUCGUGAAGUGGUCUGUCACCAAUGAAGAGAACAUUUUACAAAUGCUGACUCAGACAGACUCUAAAGGCCAAGCGCAAUGAAGACGAACUUGAAGAAACAAGAUCCAGGUUGCCCACAUUUCAACAAGAAGUUGCAGAGCACAAGUCAAAGCUUGAUGCCUUGCAACAGCGAGCAGACGAAGCUGAAGCUGCCUUGAUAGAAGCCAGAGCUUCCUUUGAACAAGAGAAACAGGCUUGGAGUCUACAAAUACUCCAACGAGUUGAAGAAGAGAAGCAAAAAUGGCAAGA